AUGACACGCGUUCAACUCUGGAUAUAUGAAUUAGCUAGUUUCCAGAGAGAAGGGGUACAACCAUGUACAGAAGAUCAUCAAGACUUGGCCUCAUUUGGUAUUGACUAUAGUGGUCCUCUUCCAUCAGGUGAGUAUGAUGGGGAGACGUGCAGUGAUGUUUCGGUUGAAGUUCCUGAAAUUCCAUACCCUUUGAAUGAUGCAGCUAUCAACCAAUUGAAGUUUGAAAUUGAUCUCAUUGAGGAGUCUUCCUGUUAUGGAAUUGACAUUUAUGUGAAAGCAGUGGAAAUGGUGAAUGAACUUUCAAGACUUGUCUCAGCUUAG